AUGGAGCGGUCGUGCCUGCGAUUGAUGGUGCGGCGGCACUUUGUAGUGUCUCCCGGGGCGCCGCGCAUUCCGCUCGCCCAACGGCGCACGAUGAUGGGUCUCUUUGAGGAGGAGAGCCCGUCGGGGUCGGGGAAAACCGACGUCGCGGCGUUCGCCCGCUCGAUGGAUCACCUGGAGAGCCGCAACCUGCGGCUGGACCGGAAGGCGCACGGCAUCCCCUUCCACGUUGGCGAGGAGGCGGCGCUGGAUGCGGUGUGCCGGCACCACGGCACCGCGGUGCACGUCCACGGCGUGGAGCGGUACAUGAUGCCCUUUUGGCUCGGCGCCACGGCGGCGAGCGGCAGUUUUCGCGCCGACGUGCUCCAGAAGGACCCGGCGUUUCUGACGCAGCAAAACUGCCUCGUGUGGGUGGAGGGGCCGCGGUACGAGUUCCACUACCCCUUUGGCGAGCACCACGUGUUCAAUCAGGUCUCCGCGUCCUACCUUCACCCCCUCGCCGCCGUGGAGCGGUGUGUGGCGGGCACGCACGUGCCCUCGAUGCUGAUCUCGCGCUUUGAGCUUCUCAGGGAGUUGGAGGCGAUGGCCGCCCCGCCGAAGGUCGUCCCGUUCGCGAUGUCGACCGUGACGGCGCUUUCCAUCCUGGACACCCGCCUGACCCGCGCCAUGCUGCUGCGGCGCAUCGACCAGGAGCUGGUGAAGUUCCACGGCUCCUUCGUGCGGAGCAGCGUCACCGUCACCAGCGUCUUCAAGGAGAGCGUGGGCCUCCGACCAGUGUUUUUACCGAUGAUGAAGUUUACAGUCUCCACCGGCGCCAACGUCACGCCGGUCCCGUCGUUCGUGUGCGGCGCGACGGGCAAAGUCGUUGGCCCCGUGCUGCACCUCACGCCACGGGCAAAGCUGAGUUCCAUGGCGCUUGCCGGGGCGGCUGCCAUGCUGGCACUGGCGCCCGUCGUGGACCCCGGCGUGGCAACGGCGGCCGCAAUUGCAUCGGCGGCUGCCUCCGUGUACCUUCGCCGCUGCCUGCUCACCCUGCGCUUCCUGCGGGAGCAGGCGCGGCAGCUGGCAGAGCUCAAGGCAACCGGCAUGUUGUACUUUUCCUCCGACCAGAGCGGCUACCGCUGGUCCCCCGAAGACGAGGAGCGGGCCGAGUACGAGUACCGCGAGGAGCUGCGGCAGCGGGCACGCAGAAAAGAGGCGUUCGAGCAGCGGGUGAAGGAGGAAGCCGCGCGGGACGAGGCGCGCAGCAGGCGCCACAUUGACCCAAAGAACCGGCGACGGACGGACCUGGAGAACGUCGACCCGCUGGGAUACUACCAGCUGCUUGGCCUGACCGGGCGGGAGCUGAACGCCACGGCAAAGGACAUUGCGAGGGCAUUCCGUGAGGCCGCGCAGCAUCACCACCCCGACGUGGUUCACGGCGACGACGACAAAGCGAAGCACACAAUGCAGCGGAUCAUUCAUGCCUACAAGAUCCUCCGCGACCCCAAAACGAAGAAGGCGUACGACUCGGGCCAACUGACAGCCCAGGAGGAGAGCUCUGGUUAG